AACCUCCCCGCCGCGGGGAUGGGUGGCAACGAGGCGGGCGGUGCAAAAAUCAAAACAAAAUUCAAAUCCAUCCGCCACGAGCCAUAGUCUCGCGGGCGCGCUCGUUGGAAGCGGUUCAACUUUUUAUCCCUCGUUAGUCGUUGCACUUCGUCGUCGUCGUCGUCGUCGUCGGCAGCAGUUCAGAGUCAAAGACCCUGCUAGAGAGCGAGAGCGAUUCAUCCGUUCGCGAGUGUUCGACUUCCGACGCUUUGAUUUCGCUGCCAGAAAAGCUGCCAAAAGGCUGUUCGUCUGGCCCGAAGGUCGUGUUUUGGGUGAAAGUGAUUACGGCGCGGAACUACCGUAAGGAUAGAUCAGUGUCGAUAGAUACGUCUCAGUGUGAAGGUGAACUUCCGAAGUGCACAGCUGAGCCCUGAUCCAGCAAUCAGUUUUCCAUCAAGGGAAAAUUCUUAACGACAGCGCGCAUUCUUUGCUCCACUAACCUCGACCUUAAACGAUGUCGCUCGUUCCGGUGCAGUACCGUACGUGGUGGGACGAUUGGGACCUGCCGCUGUACACGCGCGUCCUCGAGAAGUCGAUCACGCAGGAGGUGCUCGGGUCGGACGACUUCUGGCGCGUGCCGCCGCUCGCUCCGGUCCGCUGGUCCAGCCUGUACCGGCCCUGGCGCUACUUCAGCCUGCGGGAUGUCGGCGCGAAGGUGGACACGGACCGCGAACGGUUCCAGAUCGAGCUCGAUGUGCAUCAGUUCUUGCCGCACGAGGUCACGGUACGCCGCACGGACAAGUACGUCACGAUCGAGGGCAAACACGAGGAGAAGCGGGACGAGCAGGGUUACGUGGCGCGUCAGUUCUCCCGCCGCUAUCUGGUACCGAUUGGCUAUGACGCGAACCUGAUCGUCUCGUCGCUCUCGUCCGACGGCAUCCUGACCGUUACUGCCCCGAGGAUCGGCCUGCCGGCCCCGAAAGUCGAAAAGUAUGUCCCGAUCUGGCACACCGGUAAACCGGCCAUCGAGGAUAAGAAUUCGCGACGCUGUUUGACGUACUACAAGUAACCGUUCGAUCACAUUUAAUGAGCGAUUUGUCUGUUUUUCUUCUUCGAUUGCGAUGUUGCUUGUGGUUUUCGUAAAGCGAACCUGCACGGAACCUCUAAAACACCUGCCGAAUGUAUGCUGCACGUUUGUGUUUCAGUUUUCGCGAAGCAAAAGUCUCCCGGUGGAAAGUCUGGUUAAGAGAGGAAGCAGUGCGGUUUGCCUACCUUUAGGCGCUUUGGGAGAUAGAACCUUUAUUCUAUGCGGUUCUAUACCUCUUAAUCUGAUUUUCCACAGAUGGAAAUUAAUUUUAAAAACAGCACUCAAACACACAUACUCUCUCACACACACACACACACAAACAGCACACUUUCAAAUCGAAGAUGCUCGAAAACUGCAUCGCUAACCCCGAACUUAUUGUUAUAAGCCGUACAGCGUACCAACUAAAAUGUGAUUCAUUAGCAAAAUGUUACCCGAAAUGUUGUUCGUUGUUGUUUGUUUGAACAAGUCUUCAGAGAGUAGUUAAACCGGUUAAACAAAACAUAUUUAAAAUGAAACCAGUUUAAUUUAACAUCGUAACCUAGUCGUGUGCGUUUGAUUUCAUUCGAUUGUGUAACUCGCACAAUGUCCAGAUCUAGAUCUAGUUUUUGCAAAAAAACUCGAACAACAAAUUUGCGAAUAACAACGUCCACAGAAUGAUAACUAAUUCCAAUAAAAAGUCGAAAAAUACAAAACAACGAA